AUGUCGAGCGAACAAGUCCUGGAAGUGGAGCAAGGAGCGAUGACCAGCGCGGAUUUUAACAAUAAAUUCACGGAGUGUUUGAUUCUCGCAAGUGAAAUGACCUCCCCUCGGAACAGUGCUCACGGGGUGGACACAUCCGAUAUGGACGCGACGAAUACGAGUGCGGUGGAGACCCCUCGCCCUCCGGAGCAAGCUCCCGCGACUGUGGACAGUCCAGCGAAGCGAUCGCUACCCCGGGACGAGGUAACGGUCACACUCCCGCACUGUACCCUGCGGGUGCCAGGACAUGUGCCACGCGGUGCAAGGAGGUAUAGGUGCAAGGCUCCCAAUGGCCGGUACCUCAUCCGCUGGGACCAGGACGGAUUCGUUUUGUCAGUCGUGCUCAAGCCCAUUCAGGGCAACUCGAGCACCGCCGCGGCUCCACAACCUUCGCCGCCACAGCAACAAAGCGCUUCUCCACCACAAACAACGCAGCCGCCUCCUUCAACCACGGCGACACUAGCUCAGGCAACCGAACCCAGUGCAGCCCCAAUUCGGGGCAGAAGACGAGAAAACCGGAACUCGCGACCGUAUUCUAGGAAUAGACGGGAGGCGCCGCGAAGGGAGGCAUCGCCUGUGCGGUCAUCGGACCAUCGCAGGCCCCGAGAGGACCGACAUCGGGAGGACCGGCGAUCGGCAGAAGGGCAUCGGUCAGACCGACACCGAGCCAGGCGACUGGAGCGACCGCCGGCCAGGACCGCUGAGGCCCAACCGCAGGACGGGACGAACCUGCUGACCCCGGACCACCGAACGCAGCUCGGUCUUGUCCUACAGACCACUUUAAAUUUGCUCGGGUUUGGUUCACGACGACCCAUCGACGACACGCCGAACUCAGCGCCUGAAGCAGCGCCCCCGGAGCGGCACCUGUAA